UUAGAGGCAGCUGCUGCUGCCGCCGCCGCCGCCGCUGCUUCCUGGGCGGGGACACAUCUGUGCAAACCGCCGCUUCCUGACUUCUGUUGCCGCCAAACUUUAAACAACAAGGAGCGCCGCAGCAGCUGCAGCAGUACUACAAGCUUUAGACAGUGAAAGGACUACUUAUUUAUUUGCUAGAAAAAAUGUCUUUUACUCCAAAGAGGCCCUGUCCGGACGCGCUGAACGACGCGCUGAACGACUCGAUGGAGAAGAGGAUAAAGCGGAUAUCAAUCGAGGGAAAUAUUGCGGCGGGCAAAUCCACCUUUGUGCGCCUUUUGGAGCAGGAGAGCGGGGACUGGGAGGUGGUACCAGAGCCAAUCGCCAGAUGGUGCAAUGUCCAAACAACCGGCAAUGACUUCGAGGAGCUGACCACAUCUCAGAGGAGUGGGGGGAACGUGUUGCAGAUGAUGUAUGAGAAACCGGAGAGGUGGGCCUACACUUUCCAGAGCUACGCCUGUAUCAGCCGAGUGCGUGCUCAGAUCAGGUCGGCCAAUGGGAAGCUCCGAGAGGCCGAGAAUCCCGUGCAGUUCUUUGAGCGGUCCAUCUACAGUGACAGAUACAUUUUUGCAGCCAACCUCUAUGAGAGCGAGUGCCUGAAUGAGACUGAAUGGUCCGUGUACCAGGACUGGCAUGGCUGGCUGCACAACCAGUUUGGCAAGAACAUCGAGCUGGAUGGUAUCGUCUACCUCAGAGCUUCACCAGAGAGAUGUUUAGAGCGGUUGCGCCUGAGAGGCAGGCAAGAAGAGCAGGACAUCCCUCUGGAGUAUCUGGAGAAGCUCCACUUUAAACAUGAGAGCUGGCUGCAGCACAAGACCAUGACCAUGGAGUUUGAGUAUCUCAAUGAGGUGCCCGUCUUGACCAUCGAUGUGAAUGAAGACUUCAAGGGGAAUAAAAUCAAGAGUGCUGACAUGAUUGAGAAGGUCAAAGAGUUCUUGAGCACAUUGUGAAGAUCAUUUGGUGAUGGAAAAUGCAACCGUUGUCCAUAUGAGGAGGAAGAAGUGGAUGAAGAAAACUGUUUUUAUAACAAUUAAAUGCCUCAACAAUGACAAUUCUUUUAUAUAUAUAUACAGUCAUUAAAAUUAUUGAAUGCAUUGCAUUAAAAAAGACUUUUUACUGUUUCUUUUAACCCCUGGUGUGUAUUUAUAAAUGUUUUGUGUUCAAAUGGGACUCUAUGUCAAUUAGUCCAUUCAAAAAUGACAAUAAACUUGAAAUACUCUAAA